AUGGAGCGAGACUCUAGUCAGGAGGAGCACAGAUUGGGCAUGAUGGAACUGAACUCAGAAAACAGGAGAGACCACAACGAAUUUGCUAUAGCUGAGAUGUCAGAUGUUGACAAGGGCUGCUUUACUACAGGGCCGCUUCGCUAUGCAGUUGACACGGCAUGGGACCCCAGGACAAGAAUACUAGGAGAAUCAGUGCAGAAUCCUGCAAUCGCCCAGAAGUUCGAGAGUGUCGCUGAAGACUCGUUUCUCAAAAAAUCGUUCGGGGGGCGCAUCGAAUCGAUCAUCAAGGCUUUGGCCCGCGCAGACCUUGUCAAGGAAGUCUUUCCUUCGACCUGCCCCUUCUCUGUACUUGCACACGUCAUCAAGAAAGAUCUCUUGGACCCAGCAACGAGACUCGAGUCUCUCCCACUGUUCCUUGGCGUCGGCUCUGGCGGGCAGUGCCUCAGGGGGAUCGGCGCCACUUUCUCGACUCUCAAAUCCCUGCCCACCUUCUCCGCCACCUCUCCGAACGCCUGUGCCACCAUCAGAAUCGUCUACGGCGUCGUUGCCAGUCAUGUGGUCUGUACCGCACUCGCUGCCGCCUACAUUGUCGAUUUCACAAUGGCCCCCUCUGCCGUCCAUGGAGAACCAGAUCACACCACUUCAGUCAUCCGGCGCACGGCCCUCCAGCUUUAUGUCGUCUUCGCGUCUGGCGCCGAUGCCUCGACAUCAUCCUCACAAGAUCCUCCGUUCGCCAUCUUUCGCCAGAUCAAGAGACGCAUCAAAUACGCCCCACGAGACUCAAGGGACCAUUUGACCGAGACCAUCCUGAAGACCUGCUUCACAGCAGCAUGGGAUGACCUCUUCGACGAUAUCUUCACCAUAGAGAAGAAGACCAAGGUGUUCGGUGAGCUGUCUGCAAAACCCUCCCUUCCUCAGGGCCUCGUUGACAGAGCGACCGAAAUUGUCAAGACAUCAAACCCCAACACCUCAAACUUUCACAAGCACAACCUGACAACAACGCUCAAAACUCCAUAUCGACAAGAGACGUAUCAGGAGAGACUCUCUCUCAAGUUUAACGACGCCUGGGACUCUGCAACCAAUAUACACAUUCCCUGCUCUUCCACCACCACCAACAUCACCAACACCAACUCGGAUAGUACCGCUAAUGACUCAGGACCUGGAUCUUCGCUUAUCGGUGAGCAAGGCUGUCUAACCACAGAGGACGAGGAGGAGAUCGCAGAUCUGUUGGAGCGAGAAGAAAAAGUCAGGUCUACUGAGAGACUAAAGACUGUAACGGUCUCGUUGAAGGAUAUUAUUCGGAAAGAGUUGGUGGCUUCCAAAGUGGAUCAUGACCCCGACAAGCCAGGGUUGAAGGUCUCGGUGGCGGACAAGUUGGUCGAAAUUUUACUGGAGAAACAGGACACUCUCACAAACGCGACCGACGAGCUCGCGUGCAUUGCAAGGAAGACGUCGCUACUAGUAAGGCAUUGUUCGAGUCGUGCCCCCCAACAGCAUCCCCCAGUAUACGACAUCCGGACCGACCUCAUCCCUUCUCCCUUUAUCGCUCGCAACGAUACCCCAUCGUCUCUUACCCUCGCCCCCCUCCCGACACAUCUAGAGGAGUACAUCAACACCACCCCCAGCGGAACGGACCGACAAUGGACGUCCGAUUUACAACACUUGUUCUCGUACCAUCACCUCGGAUUCCUGUACAGCAAGUUCUUCAGCCCGCAAAGAAUCAACACAGACUCCGAGACGAAACACCCGUUGUGGAGCCAGUUGGCUGCGCACAUUCAGGCCCCUCCACUUGAGGCACUCAAGGCUACUUGGAGACCAGGGGAUGAACAUCCAAUGGCAGGCCUGUCAACGGUGUUUUGCGACUACAGGAUCGAACUAUCAACAAACAUUAAGAAUAUUUGGGACGGACCUCCGUAUGCGAAAGCGUUGGAUUUCUUACUGAGAUUCACCUUGAGAUUCCAACUGGCUCCUAACCAUGAGCUGAAGUAUUAUACAAGGGUGAAGGAUUUGGCCUCCAGGAAGAUGCAACAAAAACAGAGCGACAGGACACGAUCAAUCAGCUACAAGGCAUGGAAGGAUAAGACAGAGAGUCUGCAGGAUGAGUUGGGUCAGCUUGUUGCUAAGGGCGGGUCCAGGACAGAGCGGAUAGCUGCGUUGCUGGAAAUGCAGAGACAACAUGCACGGAUACAGCCGAUUAUUGGACAAGGUGACGCUCGCGAGGCAGGACUUGGUGGUGUCGAUCCGGUCAUGGAAGCGAGAGUGAUGUUGGAGGUCAUGGAAGAUGCACUGGAUGAGGUUGAUGAGGAGGCAGAAACUGAAGAGAACCAAGCUCAGGAGAACCAGGCCCAAAAGGAUGUAUCAGGUAAACAUAUUGGGGUUAUUUAG